CCAGAAUUCACAGCGUGACCUGCAGUAUUGACAAAGAAAAGAACGACAGAAAACAGGGUGGGCUCUGCAAAACAAUACCCCCACAAAUUGACGACAAUAAGUCUCACCACUGAGACUGUUGUUGUUUACCAGGGUGCAGCACUACGUUAUGCUGCUAAGGAGCUGAGGGUGAGUGGGAAGGGCCAUCUGCACGUGAGGGGAGGUUACAAACCUGCAGAGCUUCCAGGAGAGGGCCCUGCCAGACACAUCUGCAGAGCUUCCAGAGAGAGGGCCUGCCAGACACAUCUGCAGAGAGCUUCCAGAGAGAGGGCCCUGCCAGAACACAUCUGCAGAGCUUUCCAGAGAGAGGGCCCUGCCAGACACAUCUGCAGAGCUUCCAGAGAGGGCCCUGCCAGACACACCUGCAGAGCUUCCAGAGAGAGGGCCCUGCCAGACACAUAGGACGAGAGAAAGGGACUGGGGAGUGAGCUCAGCUGGAGCCAAUGCAGCAGCAGAGUGGACAGCCUGAGCUAGUGGAAGGAAGCCUUCCCGUGUUCGUGUUCCCCACAGAGCUUGUCUUCUACGCGGACGAGCAGACCUCCCACAAGCAGGUUCUCACCCUCUACAACCCCUAUGAGUUCGCCCUCAAGUUCAAAGUGCUAUGCACAGCGCCCAACAAGUAUACCGUGGUGGAUGCCACCGGAGCCGUCAAACCACAGUGCUGUGUUGACAUAGUGAUUCGACACAAAGAUGUGCGGGCAUGUCACUAUGGGGUGUCUGAUAAGUUCCGGCUGCAGGUGUCUGAGCAGAGCCAGAGGAAGGCCCUGGGCCGGAAGGAAGUGACGGCCACUCUGAGGCCCUCGGCUGCCCAGGAACCCCCCGGCCCCCGGCCCCAGGAGGAAGAGCGACAGAUGAGGGAACAGCUAGCAGACAGCGUCUUCUUUGAGCAGACCACCUUCCAGACAGAGAGCCGCUCUCAGUCUGGGGGCCCAAGCCUGCUGACGGUGRUGUUGGGGUUGGUGUGUAUGGCUGCCCUCAUGCUGCCCACACUGGGGGAGCAAGAAUCCACCGUGCCUGUCUACCUCCACUUAAGUGUUACCAAGAAACUUGUAGCUGCUUACGUUCUAGGUCUUCUUACAAUGGUUAUCCUGCGUACAUGAAGUGCUAUGGGGGCUGGAAAGAGAGAACGAGGAGAAGAGGAUACAAAAGAGAAGAGAACAUUCACUCACCCAAGGCAACUACAUGCUUGAAAGGGUAGUGUUGAGGGGGAGGGGGUAUCCGGUCAAUUCCCCCUUCCUCUGUCCCAAAAACAUACAUUUAAUUGUUUUGAAAUAAAAACAUAAUACUGACUGAUGCAGCGGGCACAGAAAUAACAUUGUGGAUGGAGGGCAUUGUGUGGGUCUGCAGCCGUGGGAGGAAGCGUUUGUAUAAAAACAUGGGGGUCAUUAAAUUGUGUUUGACUUCAUAUCCUGUGUCGAGUUCCAUGGCCAUUAAGUAACAGAUAAUGGUAAAGUUGUUAAGUUGGCGAUUUGCUGUUACACAUUAGGGCAAUUUGAAGUUGUGAUUUCAUGUACAUAAAGGUGCAAUAUGUAGAAAUCGCUCUGCCAUUUCCUGGUUGCUGAAAUUCAAAUCGUUUGCCUAAUUUGUUUGUGACAAAACAAGCCAUGUUUAGUGUAGAGAAUCAUUGUUCCAUUGAAACAGCUGUGAAAUAUAUUUUCAGCUGUUUGAAGCUGGUGUAUAAAACCUAAAUUAAGACAAACUUACCGGGAAGCAUAGAAAUAGUGCACAUAGAACAGAUCUACCGCUUCAGACUUUCAGUGAGUGACAGCUAUAACUCACAUUUCAAUGUGAAUUUGGUUAGGUCACCUAAAAAGUUACAUAUUGCAGCUUUGUCAUUAAAAAGCUUUUAUGGUCUUCACCUGUAACCACAUCUUAAUAUUGUCUGCUUAGAAUAAAACAAUGUACUCUUUUGUAGCUAGUAUUGACUGAAUCUGACUAAAUGCAGUUACAUGCACGUGUGGAUACUUAUCUGAACGGAAGUGUUACUUUUCCAGACGCAAUAUACAAAACAAAAAGAUUUCAAAUGUGACCAAAGGAAAUGUCCUCUUCCGAUGAAAGACAUGUUUACUUGCUGUACAAUGUCAAUGUUGUUCCAUCAAAUGCCUAAUAAAAWWURUUGAAUCAGCACAA